CUGCACAUGGUGACGUAGUUGUUGGGGCACUGUGGACGAAGGUUUAGUCGUGUUAUGGGCUUCUGCUUGGGUUUAAAAUUUAGUCAGGACUUUAAUAUAACGUAGGGAAUAUGACGCAGGAUGUUUAAAUGAAGGCUCUUCAACAAUUGCAAUCAUACAGGGAACACAGUUAGCAACUUUGGCACUUAAAGCAUUUGGCCAGACUGCGCGCUAACAAAGCUAACAGUUCCUCAUAGUUUACAAGAGCCACACAAAGGAAAUGCGGUCGAAUAGUUUGAAAGCGUUAGGUGGGGUUAAUGACUGCGAGACCUUGCAAGUUUAAAGUUGCAGGCACAGAAAUCGCAAACCUUAAGUUUUAACAGUUCGCUACAGAUCGCAGUGUUAUAACUACUCCAGAGUGGACUAGCAAUUCCAGGUAGUCAGCCUGCUGGUACAUGUUUAAUCUGAACCCGAUUUCUAGUUAUUUAAUUUAUAACAGGCAUGUUACUUUACCCUGAUAACUAGCCUUAUGUAUGGAGCCAGGCUGUCAGUAUGGUGAGAAUCGGGGAAGCCAAGAUAAACAGAUAAGGAAAUUAAAAGAAGGGUGCUGACUGCGAGCUAACAUUUGGCCAGCGUGACGUGUCCACGGGGUAAGGUGCCGUUAAACCAUCCAACCCCAAAUCAUAAAUGUAAUAACGUGGAUAUAUAUAUACGUACACGUACUUCUGGCCAAUUUAUAAAGCGACAAAAUUGUGUUGCGGAGUGUUUGGUUAGCUUACAACUAGCAGGCUAGUUAGCAGAGCUACGGCUAAAGCUAUCAGUGGCUAAGUGACAGAUGCUAAACAGCUAACUUCUGGUGGAUUAGAAGCGAGCCGAAACAAAUUGACAAUGAUGGCAGCCACCAGUAACGAGGCCGUUUUCUUGAUAAAGGAUGUGAAGCCCGGGUCGAAAAAUUUGAAUAUUGUAUUCAUCGUUUUGGAGAUAGGACGAGUGACUAAAACGAAAGAUGGUCACGAGGUGCGUUCAUGCAAGGUGGCAGACAAGAGUGGGAGCAUAGCGAUCUCAGUCUGGGAUGAACUGGGAAGCCUGAUUCAGCCAGGGGACAUCAUCAAGCUGACCAGAGGCUAUGCAUCUAUAUGGAAAGGCUGUUUGACCCUUUACACUGGCAGAGGUGGAGAUCUUCAGAAGAUUGGAGAGUUUUGCAUGGUGUAUUCAGAAGUGCCCAACUUCAGCGAACCAAACCCAGAGCUGCUAGCCCAACCAAACCAGUUAAACAAGUCCGGGAAGCCUGACCAGAACCAGAGAGGAAACUCUCCGCCAAAUCAGAACUCAGGUACUCCUGCUCCACCAGGUAAUGGUACCAUGCCACCGUUUGCCAACAACCCACCUCCUGGUGCAGCCCGUGACCCAACGUUUGGGAAUGUUGGCCGACCCAAUGGCCGGUCACCUGGCAACGGCGCAGCACCAGUCAAUGCUGCAGGACCCCCAGCAGCCACAAAGUCCUCUGUUACCAUUAGCAACGGCAGGGAUCCACGACGUGCCAAAAGAUGAAACUGGUGUUUUGGGGGUGGGGCAGGGGGAUCUUGUUACACACGCGGUUUUAUUUUUAUGUUGGCUUCUAUUUUCUCCUGCUAAUAUUCAAUCGUCUGGCUUCUUCAUCACUGCCUGGACUCUCCGCAGAAUUUCAUACAGCCUAAAAUAGGUGAAACUGUCUUUUUUAAAAUGGAGUUCUGGUGCCAGUAGCGCUGCCAUCUCCCACAUCUCAGCUCACCGGUUACGAUCAGCCACGUCCACCAUGAGGGCUUGAGCUGCCUCCCCCCCUACCCUCCCACUCUUUUGCAUAUUUCCAGCUGAGUGCCAGUGUUAUCUCCCUCUAGCCCUGAUUCUCUGAUAGUACACAGCCUACUUGAACACUUGAUGCACUUUCCUUUAAUUUAAGUUGAGGCUUGGAUAUUAGCUAAAUCAGAAAAUUGGUUUCCACCUUUUUGCCUAAAUAGCUGAAAUGCAUUCUGGGACUGAAACGCCGCCCGUGUGAGUCUUCAAAGGGCCCAUCUGGUGACGUGGAGAAGAAACGGAUGUCCAUUUUUCUUUUCCAUGAGACGAUUUGUAUUCCAUCAGCUGUACUUUUUAUAAACAUGGGACCACUUGGUUCACCGAAUAUAUUUUACCAUCAUGCUGUUGCCAUAUUUGGGUUCUGUACUUAUCUGAUUCCACAAUUGAUUAAACUCAGUAAACUGA